CCGGCUUCUUCUUCUUCUUCGUCUCUUCGACUCACUGUGGAACAUCACUAUAUAUAUAUACACGCUAAACCAUGUCUUCAAUCGUCUCCAAUGGCGGCCUUCUCUCGAAGAAACCCUUUUGCUUCCCUUUCUCCUUCUCCAGCUCCAGCUCUACUCCCUUCUCCUUCUCUCUUUCGAUACCUUGUCGCCGCCCAAUCCACCAUCUCUCAAUCCUCGCAGCAGCGGAAAACCCUAAACGAAAAUCGAAACCACGGAAGCAAGCCAAGCCCAAGGAAACCGCUUCCUCCGAUAAGCCUGAGAUGCCUGCCGAUGGGAUACCCGUGAUGAUCCCCAGAAAGCCCCGCCGUGGCCGGCGGGGUGAGGUGGCGGAGGUCGAGGAUUUUGUUCGUGCUUCUCUUGAACGUACUUUUGCCGAGAUCCGGGAGCAGAACGCGGAGGUUCUAGAAGGAAAGGGGGAGGUUCUUAAGGAGAGAUUGGAAGAGGAUGAAGGAUCGGAGUCGGAUUCGGAGGAAGAGGAUAGUGAUGAUGAUGCGAUGGUUGUGGAGGAGGAGAACCCUAACUGGCCUUUGGAUGCGGAUGUAGGAUGGGGAGUGAGGGCGUCGGAGUACUUCGACAAGCACCCUAUCAAGAACGUUGUGGGGGAUGAUGGGAUGGAGAUUGAUUGGGAGGGUGAAUUGGAUACGUGUUGGGUGAAGGAGAUCAAUUGCUUGGAAUGGGAGAGUUUUGCAUAUCAUCCAAGUCCUCUAGUUGUGCUUGUUUUCGAGCGCUAUAGAAGGGCAAAGGAUAACUGGAAGCUUUUGAUGGAGCUGGAGAAGGCGGCCAAGGUAUAUUGGAGUGCCAAGGAUAAGCUGCCUCCAAGGACUGUCAAGAUUGAUAUCAACAUUGAGACGGACUUAGCCCAUGCACUUAAAGUCCGAGAAGGCCCUCAAUUGCUAUUCCUAAAAGGGAACAGGAUAUUGUACAGAGAGAAAGAGUUUAGAACAUCGGAAGAAUUGGUGCAAAUGAUCGCCCACUUUUACUACAAUGCCAAAAGACCAUCAUGGGUUGAUCCUUUGGCCGUUGCUCCCCCCUUUUGAUCCGCAUGUCAUUCUUAUUAGGUUAAAGAGAAGUAAGUGAUUACUAAUUUUGAGUUCUCUUUCACGUAACACUGUGAUCCCAUAUUUUUAUUAUUAAUGUGAAAAUCACAUGCCA